AUGGCACUCCCCACCGUGCAGUUUGCUCUGGAUUUGGUAGGACUGGUGAAACAUCUGCCUUUACAAAGGCCUCCUCUCAGCAGCGGCUGCUACAGCGAGCCGAGCAGUGAGGUAGUUAAGAAUACACGAAGUAACGAAUCCACCCCGAACGGUCGCGGCCCCAGAACGAACCUGCACGGGUCACAGCGAGAAAGUGGCGGCAAAGAGGGACGACGGACCCCGAAAGGCUUCCCCCCUACUCCUGCCAGAUGCCAUUUUCAUAGAGUCACUUUACAGAGCAGACCUGCAUUUCUGAAACACAGAGAGCGACCACUAUGUGACACAGCAGCCAGACAGGAUCUGCUGCUGCUAUCAGACCAGUUUCUCCCGACAGCUGCCCUGAGAAGCACCUUCGCACUGAGGUCGCUUACGGGACGCCUCAGCCAAAAGGAAUUUGAUGUGACAGAUGAUGUUCCUACGCGCUGGUACAGCACACGGCACAGAAGGGCCUUGCCAGAACAUACUUGUUUCCCUACAAAACUGUUAAGUACCAUGAAAACCAUUGCCAUUUCCAAGCCUCCAGAAGGCCCUGAAUCCCCCCUCCAGGGCUGCUUUCAUCGCUCUGACAGCACAGAUGAGCCAAAGCCCAGGAGCACCCGGUCCGGUGGCAGCUGUACUCCAUCUCAACUAACACCUCUCAGCUCCAACCCUUAUUAG